GGAGGAGGAGCGGAGCGCGCGCUGGCGGAGCCGGCCCGGAUUUCAGCGGCGGCUCAGUUCGGGUCAGGCCGAGGAGGUGGCGGCGGCAAGAACGACGAGCCCCGGCAGCCCCAUCUCCUCCUCCUCCAUGGCUGUUUACCCGGCUGCAUUGUGGGAGUUUGUUGACCUCCCUACACCGCCCCCAGUAACGGUCGCUUCCCAGCGCGCUGCCUCACACCGCCCUGCGCACGCUGCCGCCGCCGCCAUGGGAGCCGUGACCGACGACGAAGUGAUACGGAAGCGUCUCUUAAUUGAUGGAGAUGGUGCCGGUGAUGAUCGACGGAUCAAUCUGUUAGUGAAGAGUUUCAUAAAAUGGUGCAACGCUGGAUCUCAGGAAGAGGGCUACAGCCAGUAUCAGCGUAUGCUGAGCACAUUGUCACAGUGUGAAUUUUCAAUGGGAAAAACCUUGCUUGUGUAUGAUAUGAAUCUCAGAGAGAUGGAGAAUUAUGAAAAAAUAUACAAAGACAUAGAAAAUAAUAUAGCUGGAGCACAUGAAAAAAUUGCUGAGUGCAAGAAGCAGAUUCUCCAAGCAAAACGAAUACGAAAAAAUCGCCAAGAAUAUGAUGCUUUGGCAAAAGUGAUACAGUACCAUCCAGACAGACAUGAAACAUUAAAGGAACUAGAUGCUUUGGGAAAAGAAUUGCAGCAUCUGUCUCAUAUUAAAGAGAGUGUUGAAGAUAAGCUGGAAUUGAGGCGAAAGCAGUUCCAUGUCCUUCUUAGUACCAUCCAUGAACUUCAGCAAACAUUGGAAAAUGAUGAAAAACUCUCUGAAGUUGAAGAAUCUCAAGAAAGCAGCAUUGAAACCGAAACUAAGCAAUAAGCAACAUGAAUCUUUUUUAAUCCUUCUGACCUAUUUUCACCUAAAUAGGGCAUGAUCUGGUGACAGCUGAGAAAUUAAAACUCUGUGUCACUUUUGUGAAACUGAUAAUUUUAUACUAACACAUUUUGGAAAAUUUAUAUUAAUGAUUUGUCUUCAUGACUUUGUCAAAAAAUAAAGGAAUGAGUACAGCUUUACCAAA